GCGGAUUUGUAAACAAUAAACAUUCCAAAAUGUUCUAUGUUUUCGUUACAUUCAGUCGUUUGGUGUUUAUGUCGGUACAUUAAGGUUCAUAACCUACAUUUAAUCUCAUACAACGGUUUUCAUUGGCUUAUCGUUCAAUUCAUCUGUAUAAAUUGUUCACUCCUCCAAGUCAUAUCUCUAACAAUAAUAGGACAAUUGCAGAAUGAUAUUCCACAUGUUCAAAUUGUAUAUUGCCGUAGUGAUUUUAUGCACAUUAAGCAUAAUGACAAUUGAAUCAGCCACAUAUACAGUACCAAUUGAGUUUUACGAGACAGGACAAAUGUUUGUUCACGUGAG